CCCUAAACGAAAAGAAGACAAGAAGGCGGACACACACGGACAAUAUAAACUACAAAAUAGGCAAAAACAACGUGAUACGGUGAAAAAUAUCAUAAAUAUUAUAUUACGUGACGCGUGAAAAUUUCCGAAAAAAAUAACAAUACAAUUUGGCAGUGUAAUAAAAUUACACAGAAGAGUGGUUGGUGUAUGUGGAGUAUGUUUUGAAAUUUUCUUCAUUCAAAGAAGUCAAUCGGUCAGUGCACAAGUCAAGCCCAAAAAAAAACAGAACAAAACGAGACAUUUUUAUGUGUGGUGUGUGUAUAUAUUAUAGUAUAUAUUAGAACACAUAUAUUUGUGUACUUGUGCGAUUAGAAAUACAAAUCCCCAUUAGAAUAACACCUAAUAAAUCUAUGUUUUGAUCUAUAUAUUGUGUGUUUUUGAAAGAAACGCAGAAAGUGUGUUUUUUCUUUCCCCAAAUCGAUGAUUUGUGAAAAAAUGUGGAAAGGAAUCAACAGUGAAAACAGAGUGAAUUUUUAUGGUCGGGUUUAAGGUGUACACAACAAAACAACAUCAUCAGCAGCAGCAGCACCAACAACAACAAUAAUAACAACAGCCAGCACAUCCUCAAUGCUGGCAGCGACAGAGGGCACUCUGUUACAACAAUAACCAGACAAUGGUCUGAUUUGUUGGUUCUCUGUGUACACACAAGAGAACUGCAGCAGCAUCGGUAGUGCGUUCCGUUAAAGUGCUAACAUCGUAUGUUGCAUUGCCGAAGAAGAGAGAAAGCGCGCGAGCAAUUACAUUUGGCUCUGAUGAUGCCUAGGUCACUGUUGCUGCUCUGCUAAGCCAGAGAAGAACGAAAACAAAAAGAAAAAAAAAACAAAGCAGACAAACAGACGUUUCGGUUUAGUUAGUCAGCAGUCCAGUCCGUUGUGUGUGAUGAAAAAAGAUGGUGAUGUUGAUAAACAAAUAAAAAAUAAAAAAAAUGGAAAAAUUAAUUGUUAAUGUAAUAAUCACGAUGUAAAAUUAACAAUAACAAAGGAAAAUUGAAGUGUAAAACAAACCAAGGGAAUUAUUAAUGAAAUCCAUGUCAAAUCUCUUAGUUAAACCAAAGCAGCAUCAACAAAUACAACAACCACAACAAUUAGCAUAGCUAAGUGAAAAAUAACAACAAGAAAAAAAGUAUUUAUUAAAAAAAAUCAACAACGACAACAACAACGUAUGUGAUACAUACGUCAACCAGAGGCAAAAAAGAUAGUAAACAACAAACGCUGACGAAACACAGUCAACAUCAGCAGCCAGUCAGUCAGUCAGCUAGCCAGCCGCAAGCAAGCAGGCAGGCAGGCAAGUGCAAGAGAAUUUCUACAUCACAAAAAGAAAAAACACACAUCACGAUUUCUCAGAACAAGACACCAGAAGAAGACAAUAAAAUACCUAUUUGUUUGUUUAUUUUCUUUCUUCGGGAGGAAGAAGAUCCAAUCCUAGUGGAACGUCAAGCGCAACAAAUAACUGAAACAACCUCCUUUCUCUCCCUCCCUCUCUCUCUAUCUCUGACAACAUUGGAGAGGGGGGAUGCUGUUUUGCUCUGCACUACUUGGCAGCUUAGAGAAUUGUGUCAAUAUUCAGAAGGAAUUUUAUGUGUGGGAGUAUCAUCAUUGUCGCCACCAAUAAUAGCCAAAUAGAAAAACAAACAUCCAUCAGCAUAGACAAGAACAACAGCAGCACAGCAGAUGAAAAAAAAUUCCAUCUCCUCAAAACUGAAAAAAUAAAAAAGAAACAAAAAAAAAAAAAGACUUUGUUGAUAUUUUCAAAGAAAGGAGAAACAAAACAACGGCAUUUACUCUUAAUUUACUUUUGCUUUAAGUAAAGAGAGAACGAGACCCCCAAAAAAAGAGAACAAGACCCCCCUUUGUUUACAUUUGUCCAACGCAAUACACUCUCUUCACUAGGCGGUAGUGGAGUGUUGAAAACCAACGAAAGAAAACUUAAAACGCCAACAUUCAAAGCACACAGCAGCAAAAUAAUUCCGGCGGCGCAGAAGUUCCAUCACCAUCAGCCACAAUAACAGCAACAACAAAUAUGGGUGGCAAUAGCACGGCCGCCUUUAGUAUUGGCGGCUAUAUGGGUGGCAGUGCGGGCAGCACUGGGAGUGCUGGUGGUGCUGUGGGCGGUGGCACCUCCGAUCUAGUACCCUCCAGCAGUAUGUUGGGCAGUGGUGGUGGAGGUUCCUCAUCCACGCCGGGCAUACCCUAUGCCUGUGGCAUUAGUUGGGAUGAAUUUUCCGAGCGUCAUGCACGAGUUGCAGCCGCCGAUUUUGCCAAAGCUUGUAUUUGUUUCAUUAACGGUGGUCUAGCGCCCGACGAGGCCCGCAAUCUAACCUAUAGGAAUUUUGGUCAAAAAUUUCUCGAAUCAUUUGCCGAACACUAUGAAAAGGAGUUCCUUCGGAGACGAAGUAAUUUGAAGGUCGGCAAUGGUGUUUUAGAGGAGCCCGAAUAUACCGAAGAACAACCAAAAAUCUUUCCCAAAACAUUCUUUCGACGUUUGUCAUUUAAGGGACUGAGAAAGGGCAAGAAUUUUCUAUUCUUACAGACCCUAUCACUGUUUCACAAAAGUUCCGAUGAAGAGGAGACGAGUAAACACAAUAAGAAAUUUGCCAAAAUUUUAGUCGAAUGCAAAAAGGAGGGCAUCGUCAACAAUCUAACACCGGAAAGUUUGGAUCAACCCACGGGUACACAGAAAUGGGAAAAAUGUCGUCUACGUUUGGUAAAGGCCGUGGGAGGAUUUAUGCUGGAAUUUUAUAUACCACCCAAGGCGGCUAAGCCCCGUUGCGGUGUCUUUUGUUUCCUAAUAUCGGAGGCGCGUGAAACCACCGCCUUGGAAAUGCCGGAUCGUGAAAAUACCUUCGUCUUAAAGGCUGAUAACAAUAUGGAAUAUGUUAUUGAAGCUCAAAAUGCCGAAGAAAUGCGUGAUUGGUUGGAUACCAUACGGUUGUGUAUGCGUACGCCACCCACACAACAGCCUACCACAGAUACCGAGGUAAUGGCCGCCGCCAUGCAGGCAUCUCCGAUUAUUAUUAAUCCACAAACUGCGGUGGGAGGUGGCACCACAACGGGAGGUCUACUAAAUGCCGUACAAAAUCCCCAGUAUCAUCAACAAAAUCCCAUGGGCUCAAAUGGUAAUGUGGCACCGAGUAGUUCACUUUCCGAAAAUGCUCUCUCUUCGCUGGCGGCAACCACGGGCGUUGGUGGUGGAGGCAUAGGUGAUUCCAUUACCGAUAUUGCCUGCAAUCCUGCCGCCCAUAACAUACAACACGACAUACAACAUCGGCGCGGAGAACAACGUCUUUCCUCCUCGAGUAACAUCGAACCAUGUGAUGGUUUUCAAGAUCCCGAUGCUGAUGUCAAUGUGGCCGAUAUCAGCAAUGAAAUGCGACAAUUCCCCUGGUUCCAUGGCACCCUACCCCGAUCGGAUGCAGCUCGUAUGGUCCUACAAAAUGAAGCGCAAGGUCAUGGUUUCUUCCUGGUGCGUCAGAGUGAAACACGCAAGGGCGAAUUUGUAUUAACCUUCAAUUUUAAUGGACGUGCCAAACAUUUACGCAUGACCCUCUCCGAUAAGGGUCAGUGUCGGGUGCAACAUCUGUGGUUCCCCACCAUACAAGAAAUGUUGGAACAUUUUCGUCACAAUCCAAUACCCUUGGAGUCGGGUGGUACCUCCGAUGUUACCCUUACCGAAUAUAUACAUAAUCAAGGAGUUCCUUAUAUGAAUGCACCGACGCCGAUGGGUAUGGAUGUUAAUGGUGGCAUUGCAACGGCACCAAUGGCGGAAAGUGGCAAUGUCUCAGUUCCCACAACAUUGCCUCCAACUCAAACCCAACAGUCAACGACGCAACAACAACAAGUAACACAACAGCAGCAGCAGCAGUCGCAACAGCAACAACAACAACAAACACAACAGCAAGAUCCAUCACCGAGACAUUCACAGGAUGUUAUCUCCAUGAAUUGUAGUGUACGCUUAAAAACGAAUGAAAUGGAUUUGGCAUUAUUAUUGGCAGCUGGUGUGGCCACGCGUCAUUAUCAACAUCACAAUCAUCCUCAGCAACAACAGCAGCAGCAGCUGCAGCAGCAUCAUCAACAACAACAGCAGCUGCAAACGCAACAUCAACAACAAAUAACACAGCAAACGACCACGACGACGACGACAGCAACAUCAAUGGCGGCAGCGACAGCAACAACCGUAAAAACAACGACAAUAAUAACAUCAUCAUCAGCAACAACAACAACAUCAUUAACAUGCAGUGGUAAUGUAACUGCAACAACAGCCAAUACUUCUUCCUCCUCUUCCACAUUGCCACCGUCGUCAUCAUCAUCCAUCAUUCCAGUGGCCGCAAACUCAGCCAAUACCACAACAGCUGUAACAACACAAAAUCUUACCCAACUCCAUCAAUUCAAUGUCUCCGAUGCUUUACAAUUCGAACAGAACAGUGCAUUGAUGGGUGCCGGUGCCAUUGUUUCACUGCCACCCGAAAAUAUACGAGACUCUGCCUCACCCACACAAUUUGGUGGCAUGUCAAAUGCAGCCGUGGCUGCGGCAGCUGAUCUAAAUCAAUAUUUGAGAGCCUCUAGUGUUUCGCUGCAAUCACAGGCCACUACGGGUGGUGGUAGUGGCAGUGGUAGUGCCGGCAUUGGUACUGGAUCUUCUGGCAGUGGCGGAAGUAUGGGCAGUAGUAGUGGUGGUGGUGUUAUGCUGCUAACUCAGCAGCGCCAAUAUCAACAACACAUCAGCAGCAGCUACAAUGUGGAUGCGGCGGCAAGUAGUGCCACUCAGGGUACAACACCCAGAGCUGUUGAUAAUCAAUACAGUUUUGUUUAAAACAGUUUGACGGUCUAACUAACUACUCGAGUUGUUUGGUGGCGGUGAGAAAUCGUUGUUAUUUGAAUUGGCCGGGCAGGGCGAGGUUGGGGCGUUAAAUGGGGGAAGGGGGUAAAAGAAGAAGAAGAAUACUGAUAUUCAUUGACACACAUCACAUGCAUAUUAUUUGAUAUUGGACAUAGUAAAAGAAUACAGGUAGAUGUAUCAACGCUUGGGAAUAUUGAAAUUUGUUCGAAUGUUUUUUUUUUUUAAAAAAUAGGUAAAUUUUUUUUACGUUUUUUUGAAAAGAAGUCAAGUGGUGGUUAUGAUAUGCAUUUUUUAAACAAUUUUAAACGAAAUUGAACAAUUUUGCAUUAAAAUUUUCAAUUUCAAAAUUUGUUUGACAGUUCAUUGUCCCAGCAGUUGUGCCAGCAUUCUUCUACCAUGAAAUUGAUUAACAAACUUAUCUCUCUUUUUUUGAAGGCUUCAGUUUUAAAACAUUAGUAGUCAGGAAUUAAUAGAAACUGUCAAAAAAUAUGAAAUCAAUGGUAAUUGUAUUUAAAAAUACAUUUCGACAAAUGUAGUUUUGAGAAUAUACACCCUUCAUUAUAGAAACUGAUAUCAAAAGAUUCUGGGGAAAAAAGUGAGGUUAUGAAAUUCUAUUUUUUUAUAAAGUUGUGCAAUAAAGUAUUGCAUGGAUUUCCAAAGGCAUUUUAAAGUCUAGACAUAUUUUUUUAUAAAUAUAAUUGCCUUACAAGCCAAUGGAAAACGAAAACGUAGAACACUUGCACACAUAACCUAAAAAAUUAUACAGCGCUUAAAAAGAAAGAAUAUACCUUAAUAUCCUAUAUUGGGUUAUUAUAUUUCAAAAAAUACAUUUUGGAAUUUUAAUUCUGCAUAUAGCCUCUUUUCAUUACUGAAAUUCAGAUCUGAAAAUCAUUGAAAAAAGUGAGGUUAUGAAAUGAAAUUUCAUAUUAAGGUGUGAAAUGAAGGCUUACAUGAUUUCCCAAAGGCAAUUCAAUGUCUGUAGUUUUUUGUUUAUAAAUUAUAGCCUUACAGAAAGAAGUAGAAGCAGGCGUGGAACAUUUACCAACUUUUCACUCAGUAAAUAUCUACUUUCUAUAACUGAAUUUCAGAUCUGAAGAUCACUGAAAAAGUGAGGUUAUGAAAUUUAAUUUCUUAUUCAGGUGUACAAUAUAGUGUUACAUGGUUUUUUAAAGGCACUUCCAACGUCUGGAGAUUUAUUUUCAUAUAUAAAAAUUUUCUUAUAGAGAGAAGUAGAAGAAGACGUGGAGAUCUUUCGAAAGAUAUUCCAUUAACAGAGGAAACAUUACAAUAACGUCAAUAGCCAAAAUACCCAUUUGAAAGCCUAACUUUUUUGAUUUUUAAAAAAGAGAUUACACUUUUUAAAAAGAGACUUUUAUGUGCCAUUUGUUGAAUUAUUAAAAACAAGUAAUUUAACAUUUUGUUCAUACACUUUUAUAUUCAUUUUUCUUUUUUUUAUAACUUCAACAAAACACAACUAUUACCCCCCUCUUCUUCCCCCUCAUAAAAAGAAAGAAACGAAACAAACAAAAAAAAAAUACUUUUGCGGGCUUUUACAACGCUUACAAAUAAUGCUAAAGAAAAUUUUCAAUGUAAAUUUAUAGCUUCCAUAUAAAAAAAUACUUAUAAGGCCGUAUCUCCAUACAUAAAAAAUUAAUAUUUUUAGGAAAUUUAAGAGAAUAAGGGCAAAUGAGGCAAUGUAAAAUGUAAAAAUCCUUUAACUUGGCAAAAGCGGGGGAAUUUAUAUCCCCUACCCAAUGGGCCCUUUCUCUCUUAUAUUACUUGGUAAAGCCAGCGUUUGAGACUGUACAGUUUAGGAGAUCUUUCCCCAUAAUUUGUUGUUGUUGUGUGUUUUUUUAUAAUAAUAAUAAUAAAUUAUUGGGAGGAUUUUCAAAAUAAAACUCAAUGUUCUUCAUUACUGUGUGUUCAAAUUAUAAAUGUUCGUUCUUUUUUCUUUUUUAAUUUAUAUAGAAAACAAAAAUUGCAUUAUUGAAAUAUUCAAGUCUCUUACUAUUUUCUUGUACAUAUAAUGGCUAAUCCUCUCUUAUUUUUCUCUCUCUCUGUCAAAAACAUAUAUUAACUCCCUUUUUUAUAGAUAUUUUUUUUUUUUUUGUAAUAAUUUUGCCACACAUGAAAAAGACAAAUGAAAUUUAUAAUAAAUUAUAAAGAAUCAACAACACAAAACAAACCAGAAAGAUUAACAUGCAAAAAAAAAGAAACCCACAUACAUAGAUAUUUAAUAAUAUUUAAGAAAGUAUAACUUGUUCUUAAAAUUGUAAGGCUUUAAAGAAGAAAAAAAAAACAUAAACGAAAAAGAA